AAUUUGGAUUCCUUUGUGACAAAGAUGUACUAGAAGAUCGGUAUUGGAGCUUGAGGAAUGAGUAUACGGACAUCACAGAUAUCCUCAAUCAUAAUGGCUUUGCUUGGGAUGGAAUUCGCCAAAUAAUUACAGCUGAUGAUGAUGUUUGGGAAGCUUAUAUCAAGGAUCAUCCAGUUGCAGUUACAUACAGAGAUAAUAUCUUGGGUGAUUAUUGUGAUUUGUGCUUGAUUUAUGGUAAUGAAAGUCAGCAUAGUAGAUCAAGUUAUUUCGACGUAAAAAUGGAGAUCAACACCAACACCCUGGGGAUGGGGAUUGACGAUAUAAUUGGAGAGACGCUAUCUCCAGCUAUUGAGUUUGAAAUAUCUCAUCAGAAAAGAAGGCGAAAAUUUGCUCCUUUGUCAACCUCAGCAUGUAUCCAAAAGGUUAGGAGAACCAUCAAGAAAGAGACACAAGAGGCAGUUGAGGGGAAGCCAUGUGUAGUAAAAACAUAUUUGGGUACUGAGGAAGACAAAGACUACAGCUCAAUAGAAUGUAUAGUUGCAGCACUUCAAACCGUUCCUGACAUGGAUGAUGAGAUCUUCUUGGAGGCUUGUGAACUUUUAGAAGAUGAGAGAAAGGCCAAGAUGUUCGUGGCCAUGGAUGUCACAGCACGGAGGAAGUGGUUAUUGAAAAAGCUUCAACGGUAGCAUCUAUUUUUCUUGUUAAUGUCAGAUAUAAUUUUGGUACUUUUUUGUUGGGGAGUUUUUCCAAUGUAAAUCAGAUCCUAUAUUAAUGUAAAGGCAUUUUUCAAUGCAAUUUCCUGUAUGAUUUCCUUAUUGAAAUUGGGAAAAAAAAAAGGGAAU